AUGUCAAAUGAGAAAAGGGAAGUGCGCCGAACCUCCUCCUCCUCCUCCGCGGCCGCCGCCGCCGUCGUCGUCUCCGGCCCAAACCCUAACCUUCCUGGACCUCCCGGUCCCUCGCCUCCCCUCGGCUCUCCCUCUCGCCUCGGAGCAGGACCUCCUCUGCUCCGGCUCCUCUCCGCGAUCGGCGUCUCCCUCGAGCUCCACAGGCUGGAGAUCGAGCCCGCCCUCUCGAGGUUCCUGACCGACGUCGUUCCUCAGUUCAUCGACGACGCCGGAGGCGGAGAAGGUUGCGGACAUGGAAGCGUCGAGAAAGAAGGAGAGCUAAGCUCCGGAGCGAAGGAAAGGUUGGGCUGCUGUUCAACUAGUAAGCCUGCAGCUAGGGAAGCUGAACUUUCCAAAAUUAGCAGUGAAAACUUCGUCAAUGAAAAGGGCGCACAAGGCAUGGCAGCAUUCCAGCUUGAGACACCGGAGCUGGGUAGUUGCUUGGUAUGCUGAAUAUCAUUAGCAAGUUACAGUGAAUAUACCAGAAG